AUGAUCUUUGCACCUUUUACUGGAAUAGAUCAUCACAAAAACUCCGUGACAUUUGUUGUUGGACUCAUAGCUAAUGAGACUAUAGAGUCCUUUGUUUGGUUGUUUAAUGCAUUCAUGAAGGCAAUGGGUAAUUAUGCACCAAAGAUCAUAAUCACAGAUCAAGAUCCUUCCAUGAAAAUAGCCUUCGAGAAAGUGUUUUGUAAUGAGGAGACUAUUCAUAGAUUAUGCAUGUGGCACAUCAUGGAAAAACUACUAAAGAAGGUUGAGUCUGAUUUGGGUGAAGACACAGAAUUCUUUACAAAAUUUUGCUCUUGUGUUUGGAGCAAAGAAAUUGAACCAGAGGAGUUUGACAAGAAGUGGGAUUCAAUCUUGUCCAAGUAUGAUUUAUCUGAAAAUAAAUGGCUCCAACACAUGUUUACCAUUAAAGAAAGUUGGAUAUCAGCUUACUAUAGGGAUGUCCCUAUGUCUGGAACUAUGAGGACAACUUCGAGAUCCGAAAGCGAGAACAACUUUAUUAAUAACUUUACCACUCCUCAUCUUACUCUUUUUGAGUUUUGGAUGAGAUAUGAGAGUGCCAUUGAUGCCCAAAGACACAAGCAAACAAGACUAACAUAUGACUUAAGAAAUUCAAUGUCCCAAAGAAAGACUCCUUUGGACUUGAAGAUUCAUACAUCGGAGGAAUUUACGCAUUCUAUUUUCUAUGAGUUCCAGACGGAGUUAGUACUAGCUUGUUUCCAUUGCAAUAUCCAGAGCAUGACAAAUGAAGAAGAGUUCGAUAAUAUAUGCAUUAUUGAUCGAAAAAGAUUCAACAAGGUUUUCAAAGUACUCUACAACAAACUUGAAAAAAAUGCACAUUGCCCAUGUAAAAUGUUACAAAGAGAGGGCAUCCCUUGUAGGCAUAUGUUGUGGGUGAUAAAAGAAAAGGUAAUGAAAUAUUUGCCUAAAGGGUUUAUAAUGAAUCGGUGGAGUAAGCUUGCAUUGAAUAAGCCUCUCAUAGAUUUAGGAGGCAAUGUGAUUGAAAACUUCUUGCAAAGGGAUGACUUGAAGAAAAAAGUUGGAGAUUUGUGGUUUGAAAUCUUUAGUUGUGUGAAACUUGUUGAGCAAAAGGAAGAGUACAUUGAAGAUUUUGCACAAAGAAUAAAGAGUUUCAAGGAAGAACUGUUUUCUAAGGAUAGUCAUGAGAAAUCCAUAAACAAAGGCAAAGAGAUAGAAACACUAAUUGGUCGUCCAAUUCCAAGUGAAGUCUCCGUCUUUAAUCCAAACAUAUCAAAUAACAAAGGAAGACAAAAGAGGACAAAACAGGAUAAAAGGAAAGAUGGAAGAGGCCAUGGAGAAACGUGA